AUGGCUCGUUCCAGAUCUACCAGUAAACAGCCAAGGCGUGGAGCAAGCACGAUAUCUAAGCCAUCACCGAAGCAGACUUCUGUCCCAGUUCCUGUUACUCCUAAACCAACAGGCGUUGCUCAACCAGCAGGCGUUGCACAACCGCAACAACCAGGAUUAAUUGGUCAGAUGGCCUCUACAGCUGCAGGCGUCGCUGUUGGGUCAACUAUUGGCCAUACUCUCGGCUCUGGUAUUGGAUCACUUUUUGGUGGUGGAUCUAACCCUGAACCUAGUGUAGCACCAGAACAACCACAAUACAAUGCUCAAACAUACCCGCAACCCAACAAUCAAGGAUUUCAAGGUAGUAACCCGGCUGUCAGUGGUGCUUCGUGCGAAGUAGACGCUAAGGCUCUGACAAAAUGCCUGGAGCAGAAUGGCCACAAGAUUGAACUUUGUCAUUGGUAUUUGGAAAAUCUGAAAGCAUGCCAGGAGAUGGCGCGACAAUUCUAA